ACCUUUUUCCUUUCCCAAGGAACUCAAAACCUCUCCACUUUUCAAUCUCAAACACUAUACCCUUAUCCUUUCAUCUCUGUUCCCUUCUUCCAUUACAAAAAUUCAUUGAAGCUUGGUUAAGAAAUAGCUUUGUCUUUUCACCAUCAUUCUCUCAUUAAACUCAAACCUUACGUUACGCCCACGUUCUUGGUCAAUUUUUUUUUUAAGCGAUCUUGAAAGUGGAGGAGCAAUGAAAAUAGAAUCGAAAAAAUCUAAGUCAUGGCCGAAAUUAGCCGUGAAGAAUUGGCUUAGUACAAAGAACAGUUCUGAAAAGUUUACCUCAGAUUAUUCUGUUACAGGGUCUGCGACAGAAACAAGAAAGAGUUGCUCAGACCAAGAUAGUUACAUCCUCGUACCAGAUAAUUUUUCUGAAGGGUGGUUGAAGCAUUCUACAAAUGGCGUGAAACGUUCGGUGCAUGGAGAGAUAAAACCUUCUACCAUCACUAAUCCUCUCAACCUUAGGAUGUUUGUGGGGACGUGGAAUGUUGGGGGAAAGUCACCAAAUGAAAAUUUGGACUUGAAAAAUUGGCUGAUAUCUACUUCGCCAGCUGACAUAUAUGUUAUUGGGUUCCAAGAAAUUGUACCACUAAAUGCUGGGAACGUGCUUGGGUCGGAGAACAGUGGCCCCGCAGCAAAGUGGCUAGCCCUUAUUCAUCAAGCUCUAAACACCUCAAACAAUGAAAUCCCAAAUCAAAAGAAACGCUUUAGCCUAGUAGCAAGCAAGCAAAUGGUCGGUAUCUUCUUGUGCGUGUGGGUACGCGCCGAUUAUCGCAACCACGUUGGCAAUUUAAAAGUGUCUCGCGUUGGUACCGGCAUCAUGGGCUACCUUGGAAAUAAGGGUUCGAUAUCUAUUAGCAUGAGAUUGUACCAAACCACAUUCUGCUUCGUUUGCACUCACUUGGCCUCUGGAGAGAAAUGUGGUGACGAGUUGCGUCGAAACUUGGACAUCGCGGAAAUCAUCAAGAGAACUAAAUUUUCUCACUCACUUGGUAUACUAGAACAUGAUAACAUUAUUUGGUUGGGGGAUUUGAAUUAUAGACUUGCCGCUGGUUACGAUGAAAUUCAUGAGCUACUAAAAAACAAUAACUUGAAGGCGUUACUAGAGAAAGAUCAACUAAGGAUGGAGCAGAAUGCUGGACGAAUAUUUGAAGGUUGGAAUGAAGGGAGCAUAUACUUUGCUCCUACUUACAAAUACUUGAUGAAUUCUGACCAAUAUGUUGCUCAAACUUGCAAAUCAAAGGAAAAACGACGCACUCCUGCUUGGUGUGAUAGAAUUCUAUGGAAAGGAGAAGGACUAAAUCAGAAAAUGUAUGUUAGAGGAGAGUCAAAAUUCUCUGACCAUAGACCAGUGUAUUCUCUAUUCACAGCACAAGUGGACAUGACAAACAAGAAUCUCACACGUUCUGCUUCUACCACCAUCUCAAGAUCUUGUCCCUUAAAACCAUUCACAAAUUCUGCUGCAUUGCCAUCUACUUGUUGUGCUGCUGCUAAAGUACAAGCUGAAGAACAAAUCAUGUUACUGGCAACAAGGACACAAAGUUGCAUUGACUCCGUUUCAAGAUUCUUGUAGUAGAGACAGGGAUUUUUUAAGUAUAUGUGGAAUAAAAAUAAUAAUAUAUAUAGUAAUUCGUUAUCCAUCUUUUUUUUUUUUUGGUCAUAAUGGAUUGAUUGAUGAUCAAUGUGGGAAAGGGAGGGACAGAAUAUGUGGUUCCCUCACCAUGUUUAACACUACAGUUCUCGUAAUUUGAUAGCUGUCUGUCAAUAUGCCUCAGGGCACAGCAGAUUUUGAGGUUUUGUGAAAAAUGCUGAUUUUUAAUGUUUUUAAAUAGUAGUAACUGCAAGAAUUAUUAUUAA